AUGCCCUCCAGAAUGGGGAUGUUCAGGCCCGGUCGGGCGAGGUCCCUCCUCCUCGCCAUGAUGGCGCUCAUCCUCGUUAGCACGGUCUACCUCUACUGGACACCAGCGACCGCCUCCUCCACCGUCUCCGUCGUUCCGAGUACAGCAUUCGAAGUUCCUGUGGUGGAACGUCAAAAAGAUUUCUGGAAAGCUUUCAGUCCGAUUCUCAAACGUCAUAACCCCAAUACCCCAUCUCCACAAAAAGAUGGCGAUGCGGGCGCAAUUCAUUUCGACCCCACGAACGAUACUCUGCGCCCGGAUAUUACAAUAUUAUCGGAGGAGGGUGUGAAGGUUAUGGAGGAUACCCAUGCUAGCUUCCUCGAAAAUAUUAAGGCAGCUGGAAAGAACUUAAAACCUGUUCAUACUCCAGGGAAACGAGGCUUAGUUACUACGGCGGGUUCGACCUAUUUGCCCGUUUUUGUUUCCUCUCUGCGCAUGCUUCGUCGUACAGGGUCCACAUUGCCAGUGGAAGUGUACAUGAAAGAUUCAGGUGAAUAUGAGAAGAGCAUUUGCACGGACGUGCUCCCUACACUGGAUGCCCGGUGUUUAGUGAUGGGUGACGUGGUAGGGAAGGACCCCAUUGAGCACUAUCAACUCAAAAUUUUCGCCGUUCUAUUCUCUUCUUUCGAGGAAAUCGUUUGGAUGGAUGCAGAUUGCUUCCCUCUCGGAAAGCCAGAAGAUCUCCUCGACGCCGAGCCAUACAAAUCAUCUGGCUUAGUGACCUGGCCCGAUUUCUGGGGGUCCUCAGCAUCGCCUUUAUACUACAAAAUUUCCCGUCAAGAAGCGCCGCCCAUGUCAGCACGCCAAUCAUCGGAAACUGGAGUGUUUUUGGUGUCCAAGAAGACCCAUUUGAAUGCCCUCCUUCUUGCUGCAUACUACAACUAUUACGGCCCAUCUCACUACUUCAGAUUAUUGAGUCAGGGGGGUCCGGGCGAGGGAGAUAAGGAAACAUUCCUCCAGGCGGCUAUGGCUGUCGGUGCACCUUUCUAUACCGUUAGCGAUAGGGUGCAGGCUAUCGGUCACCAGCUUGGAGAAAAGUUGGCUGGGUCGGCCAUGGCUCAGUCGGAUCCUCGAGAAGACUAUGCUCUUACUACACAAGAUAAGUGGCGAGUCAAAGAUCCUGAGGUGGCACCGCCUCCACAUAUCUUCUUCAUCCAUGCGAAUUACCCGAAAUUUAACCCGGGUGAUAACGUAUUUGGGCUAGGCUGGGAAACAACUCCCACCAUCAAAGAAGAUGGCUCAGAUUCGCGCGCAUGGACUGAUCCCUCUAAUACAAUCCAACGCUUCGGGUACGAUGUCGAAAAGAGCUAUUGGGAAGAGAUCAAAUGGGUCACAUGCCAUUAUGAGGGUAUGUUCAAGUCCUGGAAAAACAAGGGAGGCCUUUGUAAGAAGGUCGAGGAAUACUGGAGCCAUAUCUUCGCGGAGCCGCAUGACGAUGAUCCCAAGUUCAGCUGA